AUGACAGGGUGGAAGGCGAAUGCACUCGUGGCACUCGUGGUGGUGUCGCUGACUAUCAUACUCCGACGCCUCCUGAUCAGGAUUCUUCGACAGAACAACAAACCACGCUCUGGAAAACUUGAGACUAUCUCCAGUCCAGAAAACCCCAAGUUUGAGAUCAUUGCUGUCCAUGGCCUAGGUGCCGACCCGAAAUACACAUGGUCGCACCCCGCGGCCCUUGGCUCGGACAAUAGAACGCAAGCAUUCGACACCAGUGAGCCACAAGGGCCUCCAGCAUCUCCAGACCGGAUCCAUCUACUUCGAGACCUGAUGCGAAAUGACUUUUCAGAGGCCCGGAUCUUGAGUUUUGAACAUAAUUCCCAGUGGCUCCUAGAUACCCCAGUCCAGACCACGGCAGCAAUCGGGCAGAAUUUGCUAAGGGAGCUCAAAAGCAAACAUUCUUCGCAUCUUCCUAUCAUCUUCAUUGGGCAUAGCCUUGGCGGUAUUAUAAUUAAGGAGGCUCUAUACAAAGAUGUCUCCAAGGAGAUUAUAAAGGACGUCUCUGGUAUUAUUUUUCUCGGUACCCCCCAUCAAGGCUCUUCCGUGUCCAAAGGCGGCGCCAUCCUUGCAUUCAUAACUAGGUUCCUAGGGUCAGAGCCGGCCUUGCUUCUGUCUCUUAGGAGGCAUUCGGACCAACUGAGUGAUAUUAGUGAAGGAUUCGGCAAACUUAUACCCAGGGAUAGGAUUAUAGCAUUCUUUGAGAAGAAGAAGACGUAUGUAUUAAGAUGCUUAAGUCUUGGUGUGGUUGUGCCGCGGGAUUCAGCCGUGGAGCACUCGGACGAAGAUCAACGCCACGGUUUUGACACCGACCAUUCGGGACUAAACAAGUGUGCCGGGCCCAACGACGAUCUUUAUGCGGUACUGAAGAGGUCAAUACACAGUCUGAGAGCACCUUCACCGCUUGAAACAGCUGACACGGUGAUAAAAAACAAUUGCUACACGGAAGAGAAGCUCAGAAUAGAGGGACUUUCCGGAAGGACGCUGUCUAUGGAGCAGUGCUACAUCAAUCUUGCCAUUGUGGAGCAAACCAGAAACCGUGCAGACCGGCAGGAUCGAGGUCCUAGUAAGACGUCUGCUUUCUCACUGUCCGCUCGGCUAAAGAUUGAGACGCCGGAAGAAGAGACCCAGAUUGCGCUGUCUGCAAUGUUCAACCCGCGGAAGGGAGUGGACGGCCAAACUGCACGACCAAGAAAGAUCUGGAUACGAGGACGCGCAGGGGUAGGGAAGACUACUCUCUGUAAGAAAAUGGUCCAUGAUUUCAAGAAUGGCACAAUGUGGAACGAGUUAUUUGACCGCGUCCUCUGGAUCCCAUUGCGAAAAUUGAAACAGCGUAUGGAUAGAGGGAGAUAUAGCCUCAAAGACCUUUUUAUUGAUGAGUUCUUUUCUCAGCAUAAGGAUACAGAGCGGCUGGCUGAGGCCUUAUACGACGCUUGCAAUCUCCCCAGCAAUAGAAGUCUGUUCAUUCUCGAUGGCAUGGAUGAAAUUUGGCACGAUUUAUCGCCUGAAAACGAUAUGCAGAAUUUCAUCAUAAAAACCCUUCUCGAACAGCCAAACAUCAUCGUUACUGCUCGUCCAUCCGUUACACCUCCAGUGGAUUUUCACCUCGACCUCGAAACGAUCGGUUUUUACCCUCAUCAGGUCUCUGAGUAUAUUCGGAACGCAGAAUCAGAAAAGAUGGCCCGAGACAUCCAAACUUUUGUUGACAGCCGCCCCCUUAUCCGAGGCCUUGUGCGGAUCCCUAUCCAGCUAGACGCGGUUUGCUGCGCUUGGGACAAUGUCUAUGAUAAUGCGCCAGAAACUAUGACUGGACUGUAUCAGGCUAUCCAGAGAGGACUGGGGACGAAGGAUGCUGUGCGCCUGAACAAAAAAUUGCAGGAUAAGCCUCUGCAUGAGAAAGUGGUCCUGAGGCCAGGCGAAGUCAAGCAUCUCACUAAGAGUGAGACCGAUACCAUUAUAGGCCUUGCAUUUACCGGGAUGUACAACGAUGUUAUAUACUUCGAUCCUAAAUGUCAGAACCUGGUGUCAACGCAUAUUGCCCCAGAUCAAGUCGCAAUCGAUGAGAUUCUUCAACGGGUUUCGUACCUGCGAUCAUCCGACAAUUCAGAAAAUGAAAUCUACCGAACCUACCAUUUCCUGCAUUUAACCCUCCAGGAAUAUUUUUCGGCCCGCUACUUCUUCGAGAAAUGGGUCAAAAAGGAGAAACUCAAGUGCCUCAGUCUCAGCACGGCGAAGCUGAAGGUGGACCACGUGGAACCUGUCGUCUUUCUACAGAAAGAGAAAUAUUCGGCAAGAUAUGAUAUCUUCUGGCGCUUCGUUGCUGGCCUAUUGGCUACUGAAGGCGAUGACUCCAUGAUAGCCGACUUCUUCGAUGAGAUACAUAAAAAGCCACUGGACCUUUUAGGCCCAGCCCAUCAACGACUGGUCAUGCACUGCCUAAGCGAAAUUCCGAGGGACAUGGAAAAUGGGGACAUCAAUUUUCCAUAUCGGAAAAAGCUAGAAGACGGCCUGAAGGAGUGGCUGCUCUUUGAGUAUCGAUAUACAGGAGAGGUUAAUUUAGCUAGGGAAAUGGAAUUCCCAGAGCACGCCUUGGAUGCUGCCUUCGAUGAAGGGACUGAUAAGAUGAAGAGAGCAGUUCUACGAGCAGUUUCUAAACGCGCCACACUUCCAAAUCUCAUGCUUAAACCGGUGACCUCGUGGCUUGAUGAUGAAAAAUCGGGCGUUCGAGACGCUGCCGUUGGAGCCUUAGCUAAACGACCGGACUUACCUGAAGGGUUGUUAAAUGCCUUGGCUACACGGAUUAAUGACAAGGAUUCGGGCGUUCGAGACGCUGCCGUUAGAGCCUUAGCUAAACGACCGGACUUACCUGAAGGGUUGUUAAAUGCCUUGGCUGCACGGCUUAAUGAUGAGGAUUCGGGCGUUCGACACGCUGCCGCUGAAGCCUUACUGCGAGAGCAGAAAGAGUUCUACUGCGGCCUUCUCGAAGACCCUCUUGUGAGAUCACUAUACAAAGUUUUGCUUGAGUUAAGCUUCAAGAAACAGUUCAGCUGGUACAUCGACAACAGUGAUUGCUGUAUCAACACGCCGGAGGGUACCAGAAGGAUUUUUGUUUCCAAUCAGACUGCCAAUGUCGAGGACAUUGUCAGAGAGAUUGCCCAUUACCUCAAUUAUGUGGCGGACUUUUGGUCCUCAUUGGUAGACAACGAUCUGCCAUCUCUGGCCAGAAUUGACCAGCAGACGGUGGAAGUGCUGCAGCUCAUGGCCCCCUCGGUCGAGUCCGCUGAAGUUCAUGGACUCGUGGUCAGCGGCCAGGCGUUUUCGAAGUUCGAGCUGCCCGAACGCGAGGCCAUUUGGAACAAACUCCGGUCGUUAAAUGGCUUAAUUCCAUCCCUCUACGCUUUCUUCGAGGAUUUCAAAUGUUUCGAAAACUGGACGCAUUGUUUGAAGCGGAUUUUUCCUGUGACGGAGGCCACCUUACGUGCCACAAUGGAGAGGCAGUGGGAGCCUCCCAACGAUGACGCCAAUACUUGCCUUGUCCAGCAUUCUCCCUCCGAGUUCUCCCGUUGGACCGAGCCGGUCACCACACCAUUUGACAUUUCGUAUCGUCAGAUGUGGAUGUACGCGAUGCGUCACUAUCCACAGAUGCCCCGGGAGCCCAAACGCCAGACCAGGCUAGCGAAACCGGCGACCGUCACGGCCGAUGAGUGCGCCGUAGUCGACAUGGCCUCCCUUGCCGGCCAGCUUGGAUUUCGAUCCUCUGCGAUUGCCGCCCUCCGGCAACGCUCAGCGGACCGAGCAAUUGCCAUGAAUGCAUUGCUCCAGGCCCGGAAGCCGGACCGAUUCACCUAUGACGCGUCUACAUUGGAAUCGCUCAUCGAUCAGAUAACGUCGUGCUUUCGGAUGGCGAGGCCAAUAGGUAGUGGCGCCGCACCUCCCUCUCUUCUAGGUCCUGCUGUGAAACAGAAAGCCCGUUGCGGACACCCUACUAUCCAGGAUCUGUCGCGGAACAGCCCAUCCCUGUUCCUCCCAUACAUGCACACAGCGGAAAUACCAGAUCGGGUUACCACGUUCUACAUCUGGCGACAUGUCUAUCUUGUCUUUUUUGGUCCACCACCCACAUUUGGCGGAGAUACAAGCCGUUCCGACCUCUUCGUGCCUCGCUCCCCGCCUAGCGUGGACAUGUCACCUUUGAUCACGCCCGCCUAUGGCGACGCGGUCAGUACUGAUCAUUUUUCCACCAGAGAAGGAGGCACCGCAAGUUCAAAUCAACCGUUCGAAGCCACAGCUCAGCCACAGCCUGCAAACGAUGGUGACUCAACUGGUCAAGAGGACACUGGUAGCACACGACACGCUGUUGUGUUACAAUCCACAGAGCGAGAACCUCGCUCACCAGGCAAUGAAGCCAGUUCGCAGCCGUUAGAACGCCAUCUGCAAAUUUCACGGCCGGUCACGCAAUUCGACAUGGCCGGAGUAUUGACGGCUCGGAAUAAAGCACAUUCAGAAAGAAACGUUCCGGAGUUGCCAGAGACCCAACCAGAGGCCCCCGAAAACGAGGAGUCUCCAGACGCUAGUCACCAAAGUCCGCACAGAAGCAACGGUUUGCGAGAGGCAAGAGUUGAUGGGAGCACCAACCAAGCAACAACCGAACGCUCAACUGCACGAUUGGCGCGGAAUAUCCCUGCCAGCGAGCAGCAGGCCGCCAAGGGGCCUAUUCCCGGAACCCAGCAAAACACGAUCCGGCCGACUGCAGAGAAAGAUAACCCGGGAGAAAGGGAGGGCGAGGACGGCCUUCAAGUCUAUCCAAACUCUGCCUCGCAGGAGCGGAACGAGGCGGCGGAAACUCCCACGUCCCAUUCUAGGCGGCUCCAUCAGACCCAUGACACAGGUAUCAAUCAGGCCUAUCAGGCCCGUACUGAUACAGAAGCAGGAACUGAUGACAUGGCAGGGGAUAUAAUCCUCAUGGAUGCUGAACAGAGGGAGAUGGGCGAGCAAGGGCAGCCCAUAGCUCAGCUACAACCAGCUACGAGCGACAGCCCAGAGCGCGGGCGGCUAGAAGAAGAUAGCCAUGUAGAAAGUGAGAGAGCUGACGCUCUUGCACGGCUUCAGGCAGGGCAGAAUAGCCCCACCGGGAUGGAUAUUGACUCUGAUUCUGGACAUAAUCCCCGGCCCCAUACUCAAAUGGAUAUCACCGAAUUGCUAGUGCAGACGCGGGAGGGGUCAGCUCAUUCGGAAAGCAACACGGCAUUUGAUCGCAGAAGCCCACAGGAGAGGAGCACUAGACCUCACCAGCAGCCAUCCAAGCCUGCAGGCGUUGGGAAGAUGCGGAAGAAUCCUAAGCCAAAUACUCGAGAUGUCAACCGGGCUGGUACCCGGGAUGCAGCGAUAGCAGACCAUCUGGAAUGGGAUCUGGCGGAGAACGACACAGUAACUGUCCCUAGAACCUCUCGCGAUGAUGCAACUGGACGCGAGAGACCGGAAGCCCCGGAGACUUCAGUAGCACGCCGGCAAGUUCGGUUUGAUGUCUCCAAUGACGAGCGUGCACUCAAUGAGCCUGAAGCGACCCCCUCCUCUGGCGUCGUCCGUCCUCAGCGAGUCACUCAAUACAACUUCAAAAGGCUGGCGGGCAAUCCACAAAGGGGGGUAGAGGCAGAGGCUGGACAGCCGCCAGGGGAUGGCCGAGUAAACAUCACUUUCUACCUCUACGAAAACGAGCAAUGGACGAUCGUUAACGUGGUUCGUGUCAACCCAUCCCAACCCUCGGAGCUGGUCAGGACGGUGCGGGAAUAUAAACGACACGGUAUGAUUCUGCAUGAUAUGAAGAUGCGUACAGUCAGCAUAUCGUCCAGCUUCACGGCCGCUACAGCCGAUGGUGCUAAUGUCCUCCUGCUAAUCCCACGAAAGACGAAGCAGCGAAUGGGGAGGCGACGGCGAAUCGAGCCCCCUAAUGUUGUGCGUGGGCAGUGA